GAAGGAGUCCAUACCAGCAGAAAGCGAAUAAGAAGCAUCAAUUAUGUAGUUACAACUAAAAUUGCGUGUAUAUACAUAUGUAGCGUCUUAUGGGCUGUGAAAAAAUAUUACCCAAAUUGUGUAAAAAACAAAUAAUUUACAAGUUAAUGCUAAACGAAUAGUUGAUAUAAGGAAUAUUAUAAAAAUUUUACUACAAAUCAUAACUGUGUUUUAAAAAAGGCUAAUCUGUCAAAACAUCACAAAAGAAAAGUAAAUGUAAAAAACAAUUUUUUUAGUGUAAAGUGAAUUUUAUGUGUCCAUAUCCAUAAUUACGUAUAUGUGAAUAUAUCGAGUAUAUGAAUACAUGCAUGGGUGCAUACACUGAUGUAUACAUCCUGAAAUUCCUCACCCAAUUGAAAGAAAAAUUACUGUGCAUUAUGUAAUCUCUAAUAAGAAAAUGCAAGGAAUGUAGAUUUUAUUGAAACUGAAUUAGUAAAAUAUAAAAAUUUGUAUUCGCAUAAAUGAAAGAAACAAUUUGUCACCAAGAGAGAGUAAAGUAGAUAUUGAAAAAGGACCAGCCGUUAAUGUGCGUCAAUUUAUCGUAUAGAUAAUGCAAGAGGUAAUACCAUUACAUGCGAAAAAUUCAAUUUAUUCCACAGAAUCAAUAAAAAGUAUAUUUCACAGUGACGUUUUGUUCCAAAAUAUUUGUAUAAAUGCUGAUGAAUUUAUAAAUUGCGAUAUACUCUUAAAAACUACUUUAACAUACACAACGAAACUCUAUACACAUUUUUUAAUAACAUCGUUAAAGGAAUCUUAUAACUAUACCAGCACUGACCACGACAAACCUAACGAAUUUAUGGCCGACGAACGUGUAAUGGCUGGAGCUAAUUCUAAACGUUAUUUGCAAAAUAAAUUAGGAGAACGCAAACGAAGACGUCCAAAUUCAGCACUUUUAGAAACUGCAGAAUUUUCUGAUGAACGUCUUGUUGGUGAUACGUCAAACUCAACUCGUUUAAAACAGACAACACGUCAAUCAAGUCAGAAAAAUUUAGUAUGUACAGCCAAUAAUUUAGCCACUCACCUCAAUAAAACAGAAGAUCUACAAACACGUACAACAACAGCUGGUUCCAAAAAAUAUUUACGAUCUAACAAACAGGAGGAUAAUGAACAUUUAACUGAUUACGAAGAAAUGAAAAAACACAGUCCAUCCUCAGAAUACAAUGACACAAUGAAUUUUUCAGAGUCAGAUAAAGUCGAAAUCACCAAUAAUAGUAGAAGGACCAUGUACGAUGACAACACUGAUGAAAACUAUAAAAAUGUGGGAAAACAUGACUUCGAGGAAGAGGAUAUGUUUGAUAAUGAAAAAAACAUCAAUGAUGCCGACAACGAAAAAUUCGAGGAAAUGCAGGAAAUCUGCAUAAAACAAGAUAUGCGGAAUGAAAAUGAGAGCUCUUUCAGUUGUAGUACUAGUAUCAGCAGUGGUAUUAAACCCCCGAGUUUAAUAAGCUUGAAUGAAAGUACACAUGUUGCACAGUCGACUUCGUAUGAGUGCUUAGAAAGUGUGGUUUUUGAAAAGCCUGAUGAAUUAUACAUUGAUAAAGAGGUUAAGGAAGUAAAAGAUAAUCUUGAAAUUCAUAAAACCACUGCGAGUCUCAAUGACAAAAGUCAAUCUGAAUAUGGUGUGCACAAUACAGAUAUGCGAUUAAAAUCAGGUGGUAAUGAAGGUGUUAAAAAUGAACACACGGUUCCGAUUACGCCCACAUCUUCCUCACAUGAUAUACAAAACACGCAUACGUUAUAUCAAACAAAUGAAAAGUUAGCAUCACCAAGUCCUCAUUUCAAUAACAAUGAUGAUGAAGAUGAACAUCAUCAAGCUGAAUAUGAAAAUGACUUAUGUCAUUUAAGUAAUAGUGUAUGUUCGGAAAAUAGCUCAUCAUCAAAUCCAAGCUGCAAAAUAUCUAUGGAGAAUAUAAAUGAACACUUUUCAUCUAACGAAUCUAAUAACAAGCAGCCAUACGAAGAUGAGAUCAUCCCAAGCGAAAUCGAACAAAACCAAAAACAUGUAUUAAAAUCAACGAACACAGCAAUGAAUCCAAGUUUAGUUAGUAAUAGUACAAAAAAUCCGCACACUUUAAAUAUUGGUAUUUCAAGCUCGCCAGGUGAUGAACAAUAUCGCCACUAUAAUACCGAUGAAAUUAAUGGUUGUGCAAUAAAAUCUUCACCACCAACAUUACCGCCCAUUAAUAUAACUACACAAACUAACCAAGAGACUUCCAAUGAAAAUCAAUGUUUUCAAGAAACAGACAUUGAAAAUGACUGUCCCGACGUGUCUGUAGCAGAUGCCACAGGCUACAAUAAGGAAGAGGAGGCUGGUCCCUUCAAUAAUCCAAAAACUUCCACAAAUAUUAAUAUUGGUAAUAUCGAUCAACACAGUGAUUGUAAAGAAAAUAAUUUAAAAAGUGAUCCCACCACUACUUCAAUAAGUCAGUCAGGCAACAGACAUAGCUCUUUAGAAGAGCAUGAAGAAAAUGCCGAUAAACUUCAAAAGAAGUUAGAAAAUCAACAAGAACAAGAGAAUCAAGAGGAUCAAAAUUUUAACAAAUAUUUGGAACAAAGUUCUCAAGUACAGCAUACUGAGUUUGAGACUCAACCAACGGAUAGAAUUACCCACCAGCAACACGAAAAAGAUAUAAUAGAUGCGGCUGACAAAGUCUACACACAAAUUGAAGAGCAAUAUCAUCAUCAGCAGCAUCACGUUGCAUCAAUAUCAUCUACAUAUGGAGAAAUGUUAAAUAGCCAUCAGCAAAACGAGCAUGAGGAACAUCAACAUAGACAUUCGUCGGCGGUUCACUCUCAUCAAAAUUUAGAAACUCAGACUCUUCAACAUUCUAUGCAACAACAAUAUUCGGCUGAGCAAUUAUAUCAGUUGCAACAGCAAGAACACCAUCAACAACUACAUAUGCAACAUCAAAUGCAAAAACAGGAGGAGUUGCAACAGCACCAUAAUAUGUCUAGAACUCCACAAAGAGAGCAUAGACAGCAACAUUCACACAUUAUGGACUUUUUACAUCCACAACAUCACCAUCAUAAUGUAAGCAACACACACAGUCCUUUACACCAACAGCAGCAAAUUCAUGAAGUGUAUCAUGACUUGAUGAUGGACGAGUUUCACGAAGAGCAUAAUACACCCUAUAAACUAGGACUCUCUCCAUCAACGGUGAAACAUGAAAAUCAAGAUGAUGGGUAUGAAACUAGUGCUGGAGAUGUUCUUACGCCAAACUCACAUGCAUCAUCCACACAUUCAGUAACACCCCAACAUCACAUGCAACAUGGGGGACUUGUAAAAAAUGUUGUAAAGAGUGAGGACCAACAGCAAAGUAUACGACUACAACAGCAAUCACAACAUAAUCCUCAUAUAAUUAAUGAUCGAAAUCAGAAUAUACAACAAGAAUUGGUAACCAGUGAAUCGACGGUGAACAUUACACCUAGAGAUCCCUAUAACUUUAUUGAUGACGACCUAAACUCAGCCACAAAUAAUAGUUUGCGUAACAUUUUGACGCCUCCACAUUCUCACCCGCGUAGCAACCAAGAGGGUGGUCCACUAAACGGAUUUAUGGUUAUGCAAUCGGAAGCCUCAGCGUCGGCUAGCCUAAAUCCAAGCUCUGAUAUGUACGCGUUAACAAACACAACUGUUCAUCAUCAUCAUUCACAAAAGCCAACCUGUCUGGAGACAAAUUCAACUACUUCAAGAACAAAUACAGACCAUCAACAACAUUUUUCCGAGAUAUCCGCCGAUAUUUCAGUGCAGGAACAACAGGAUGCCAUUUUAAACCUACAGACAAAAUCAGUUCAAAAAAGACGGGGUCGUAAAAAAAAGGUACCGGAUGGUGCGUUGCUACCAGCGCUAGAAAGGGCAAACCCAAUUGAUGUUAACCCGAUUGCUGGAUUUACGAAAGCAAAAGAACGCAAAAAACACGAUCGUUUUAAUGGCAUGUCUGAAGAAGAAGUGGUAAAACGCAUUUUGCCGGAUCAUUUGUGCGAUAAUUUAGAUAUUGUUAUAAUUGGUAUUAAUCCGGGCUUAUUUGCGGCAUAUAAAGGUCACCAUUACGCUGGUCCUGGUAAUCAUUUUUGGAAAUGCUUGUAUUUGUCUGGACUAACGCAAGAGCAAAUGAAUGCUGAUGAAGAUUUUAAACUCAUGAAAUAUGGUAUAGGAUUUACUAACAUGGUACAAAGAGCUACUAAAGGAUCAGCCGAUUUAACGAGAAAAGAAAUAAAAGAAGGCAGUCGUAUACUUCUAGAAAAAUUGCAAAGAUUUCGUCCAAAAAUUGCCGUUUUCAAUGGCAAACUGAUAUUUGAAGUGUUUUCUGGUAAAAAAGACUUCAAUUUUGGUAGACAGCCCGAAUGUGUAGAAGGAACAGAUACCUUCAUUUGGGUUAUGCCAUCGUCAUCAGCGCGUUGUGCUCAGUUGCCUAGGGCAGCAGAUAAAGUGCCAUUUUAUGCAGCACUGAAGAAAUUUCGAGAUUAUCUAAAUGGUCUAAUACCACACAUUGAUCAAUCGGAAUGUGUUUUCACUGAAGAGCGCAUUAAACAACAAUGUGAACAGGAAAAUUAUAAAAAUCAGCAAAGCAGUGCAACAAGCUCAAAUGAUCCGGUCUACCAAAAUGCAAUAGGGAUUUCAAACACAAAUAAUCCAUUACAAAAUCCAGUAGGGUAUUCAUUUGACCCUGAAACUAAUUCACAUGGUGCUGGAGAAGGCCCUGGACCUCCAGCUGGCGAUAACAAUGUAAGUAAUAAUUUUAUGAUGUCAUCGUUGGUGGGCACUCAGCAUGAAAAAAAGAAGCGAGGGCGACCUAAAAAGAUUAAAGGGCAAGAAAUGAUAGAUCCUGUUACUGGCAAUAAAAUACAGGUGAAUAGCCAAUUGAUGAGUAGCAAUAGUGGAGAUUACUCCAAUAUAUUAAACUUGUCUGUUGUACAAGUUUCUAAUAGUGAAAUGCCAAAGAAAAAGCGGGGUAGACCUAAAAAAGUUAAACCACAUCCAAAUAUGAUGCAAACGGAUAUUGGACAGUCGAAUACAAUGUUGGGACAAAAACCUAAUAUAAUGUCUAUUCAAUCUCUGACCAGUGAUAUAACACAAGGCGCAACACAUCAAAUGCAAGGUGUGCAAACGAAUCAACAUGUAGCCUUGUACUCGACACCACCACCACAUCAAAGAAGCAUUUAUUCACCUAUGGCUUCCCCAAUGGCUUCGCCAUCUCUAAAUUGCUCCUAUACCACCAACACACCUCCUUCACAGCCACAUCAUGAUAAGUUGUGUUUAAAUAGCAAUGGGAGGGAAUCUUCGAAAGCAACAUCUUCAGCAGAUUUAGUGGAGUCAACAAAUCACCAGCAUACUAUACGAGAUCAAAACUUUGGUGAGUCACCACCUCCCAGUUCUCCUAACAUCUGUAAUGUUGAUUUUGAACCUCCAGCAGCAUCAAAUACAUCUUCAGCGAUUGUAAACGAGAAUGUAAAUUCCGAUUUGAAUACAAUACAUCAACGACUGCAUAGUAAUCAUCAGAGAUCGCGUUUUAAUAGUCCUAUAAACAGUGGUGAAGCUACACCAGAUCAUAAUACAAACGAACAUUUUCAGCAGUGGCUUUCACCACAACCUAAUCAUAAUAUUCAUUCUCCUGCAGCUGUGACAAGUACGAUGUUUGUUAAUUCACCCCAACAGCCAUCACUCAAUUAUCAUGAUCAACCUCAACAAAUGCAAGCAAUUCAACAACAACAACAACCACAAUCCCAACACCAAGAAAUUUCACAAUGGCCGAUAAGACAAAGCCGUUAUGAUGACCUUGCCAAUAAUCCGUAUUUAUUGAGUUCCCAGAUACAUCAAACACAUUCACAUAAUCACGAUAAUCAUAAUCAUCAAAAUCAACAUAGCGGUAGUGAUGUUGCGCGAAAAAGUUUAUCCGGUCUUGAGUCCUUAGUAGACCAAAUACCCACUAUUUCUGAAAGCGAAUCAAUUGCUCUAUCCUCGGCAGCAGCUGUCAACGCACAGGUUGCUGCUGCUGCAGCAGUUGAAAGCAGACUUCAAGGUCUGGCUGACUCGCAUGUAGGGGACGAAUCCCAUUUUUCUGCUAUGACAGGGCCUCAAAAUCUUUUAACUGCCAGUAACAGUCCAACUUCAGCAUCCUCAAACAACAAUCAAAUCCAACAGUCAAAUGCUUCUUCGAAUUUGCUAAAUAGUAAUUUUUCUGUUAGCAAUUUAGCAGCGUCAUCUGCGUCAAGUAAUAACAACAGCAGCAACGCCCACGAAAAUUAUGGUCUGUCGUCAAACAGCAGACCUCUAACCAAUCCAAAUGCUUAUCACCAUUCAAAUCUAAUGGCUGCAGCCGUUUUAGCUGCUGCCGCAGCUAAUACACCCACAAAUCUUUCAACACCCACAGCUGCUGCAGGCACUACCAACCAUCACACAUCAAUGUACAUGGAUCCACAUGCUCAUUUGACAACUCAUGUACCUGUCAAUUCUUUAUAUGCUACAGCAGCUCCACCAACGCAUCAUCAUCAUACAGCUGUGGCUGCACAUCAUCAUCAUCAUGCAGCUGCGCACUAUGGGAGCUCUACGCAACAUUCGGCAGGAUCUGAUUAUGCAACCUCAAACAAUCCGUACGCGCCUACACAAAGCAACGUAACUGCUAGCCAUACUUUACAUAUGCCCAGUCCCAAUUACCCAUAUGGCUAUCCUACAGCCACAGCCAGUCAAAGCAAUUACUCAGCUUAUCCCCACUCUCACCACGCCAACCAUCAUCAUCAUCAUGGACAUCCCCAUGCCCAUCAUACAGCUGCUCAUCAUUUGGCAAUGUUCGAUCGUUUGAAACCCACCGAUAUAACUGGGUACAGUAGUGGUUUCUGAUGGUGAUUCAAUUCAAAUGAAAGGUCAGGACAGCUGUAGACCAAAAGGCUAAUUUUGACCUAAUUAAUGAUAAUAAUUGUCUUUUACAUACUACAAUUUAAGUUAUGUGAAGUAAUAUGCUGCUAAAAAUAACAAUAUAUAAUACAAUGAUGUAGAAUUUUUAGUUUAAAUAUACAUACGAACAUACAGUAUCUCACAUAAGUUAAGCGAAUUUUGCUAUAGCAUAAUAAAAGAGACGCGAUUUCAUAAAAAUACAAUAACUAUUUGGAGAAAUUUGUGCCGAUCGAAUUUACCCAGUGGCUUGUGAAAAUGAGACAUACCUGUCCAUAAGUGGCAAUUCCACUUUAAACUUUCUUAAAAAGAAUGACCAAUUAUUGUGAUCAAAUUUUGUGAAUAGUUAGAAACAGAUUAAAUGAUAUUCGGUCAGUUCAUACACCUGUCACAGAAUGUUUCCUUCCCUCGGGAAUAACAUUGUAAAAUUAUUUACACAAUCUUAAAGAUUAAUGUUAGAUUGUAUAAAACUACCUUACAGAAGAUUGUAAUAUGAAAUUAUGUCAUUUUAAAAAAUGUAAAUAACAGAAUAAAUAUUAAUGAAAUACAAUUUAAUAAACUUUUACUUAACAGUUA